GGGAGGAGGGUGGGCGGGGCAUUCGCUUUCCUGCUUCUGUUUUCGCUCCAUAGACUUCGAAGGAAGGGAGCGCGCCGGCCCUGCAGAGAGCGGUCCAGGGGUUGCGAGCAGAAGGGGGCCCAAGCUGACCACAUCACAACAUGGCCCUGUGGCAACAGAUCCUGAUGUUGGACUCAGUGUACCUGGAGCAAGUGCAUAAGCUCUAUAUGGAUGAACGCCUGCCCAUGGAAGUGCGAGAGUACAUCGCCUAUUGGAUUGAGGAGCAGGACUGGAACCAGGCAGCGCAGUCCGAGAGCUCACUGGCCUGCUGCCUUUUCUAUACUAUGCAGUCACUCCUGGAUGAUCAGUUGGGGCGCCUAGUUUUGAGCGAAGAGAACAACUCGAACAUUUUGCUCAAGCACAACUUGCACCGCUCCAAAGUCCAUCUCCAGGCCCUGUAUCAAGAACAUCCAGAGCAAUUGGCCCAUGUGAUCGACGACUUGCUGAGGAAAGAGCGAGAAAUUCUGGUGGCUGCCUCAGCUGCCUCUAAGGCAGUGGUGGAAACCCCAACUGCUGCCUCCAUGACCUCCAGUCAAGAGGAGAAGAUUGAGGCCAGGCUAGCAGAGAUGCGAAAGGCUAUUCAGUCUCUAAAAACCUCCAUUGAUCAACUUGAGUUGCUGCAGGACUCCUUUGAUUUCCGUUACAAGACACAGAAACUUUUAGAAAGUACGGUGCCUAAUACUGACCCUGGUCUGAUUCGAAGAAUGCAGGAGUUACAAACCAUGGUAAAUAAUGUGGACCGUUCCCGCAAGGAUGUGCUGGCCAAGAUCCAGGAACUGCUGGGCUUCUUUGAGACCCUGAGGGACUUGCUACUAGAGGAGCUUGAGGCCUGGAAAGACCGCCAGCGGCAGGCAUGCAUUGGAAACAAUUGUGAUACCAGACUAGAACAGCUGGAGAGGUGGUUCACUGCAAAUGCCGAGGACCUCUUCCAUUUACUGCAGCUGAUGCAGACGCUGGAGGACCUGCAAGGAAAGCUGACUUAUGACCAAGACCAGCUGACAACACGCUUGCCCCAGCUGAAAAGUCGACUGAAAGAACAAAUCAUGUUCCUUUUGCAAAGGGCCUUCGUGGUGGAGAUUCAGCCCACUAUGCCUUUCCCCUGUCGCCGGCCAUUGGUGCUGAGGACAAACCAGAAGUUUUCUGUCCGUGCCAGACUCCUCGUGAAGCUGAUGGAUCGGAACCAUCCGAUGGAGGCAAAGAUUGAGAUUGACAGGGAUUCUUCCAAUGUGGCAGGGUUUCGAAAGUUCAACAUUUUGACAUCAAACACCAAGACCUUGAUAAUGGACAAGCCCCAAAUGAGUGGACUCAUUUGUGACUUCAGGCACAUUUCACUGAGAGAACAGAAGAGCUGUGGUUCUGGGAAAGGAAAGGGAGGCAAAGGGAUCAUUGAGGGAGGGUUGUCUGUUCUGGAGGAGCUGCAUGUCAUUACUUUCACCCUGGACUACUGUUACCAAGGUCUCCAAUGCCAGCUGCAGGCUUCCACUUUGCCAAUGGUGAUCAUCUCUAAUGUCAACCAGAUGUCCAGUGCGUGGGCCUCCAUCUUGUGGGUCAACAUGCUCAGUAGAGACCCACUGAACCAGCGGUUCUUUGUCAACCCGCCGGCCGCCACUUGGCCCCAGUUGUCUGCUGUCCUGAGCUGGCAGUUCUCCUCAGCAACUGAGAAAGGCUUGAAUGUAGACCAGCUCAAGAUGCUGGGGGAGAAGCUCUGUGGUUCACCUGUCACAGCACAGAGCAUCAUUACCUGGACCCAGUUCUCUAAAGAUUCUCCUCACAACUUCUCCUUCUGGACCUGGAUUGAUGGGAUUUUGCUCCUGAUUCAGGAAAAUCUGUUGCAACUCUGGAGGAAAGAUCUCAUUAUGGGAUUUGUGAGCCGUAAGCGUGAGAGGCAUCUGUUGAAGAAGAAGAGAGGGGGCACCUUCCUCCUCCGCUUCAGCGAAAGCACCCGGAACGGUGGCAUCACCUGCACCUGGGUGGAAUAUGACAAAGUUUCUCCCCAGUUUUCUGCAGUUGAGCCGUACACCAAAGAACAACUCAAAGUCCUGCCACUGCCUGACAUCAUCCGUAACUACCACAUUCUGGCAGAUGAGGUCAUCCCGGAAAAUCCACUCCAGUACCUCUAUCCAGACAUUCCCCGGGAUGAAGCUUUUGGUCCUUAUUAUAGUGAACCCAAAGAAGAAGACAAGACAGAAUUUAAAAAGUACCUGAAACGCCACCUGAUCAGCGUCUCCUCUAGGCAACCAGAAGAGGCCCAAGCCCUAGACUUCCAGAUCGCAGACCCCAGUGCCUCAGAUUUCCAAGAUUUUGAGCUGCAAGCCCCAGACUGUCAGGUUCCAGAGGCCGGUGUCCCAGGGGUGAAUGGUGAGGUUGAAAUUGGCCUUGUGUUGCCCAACGGGUUGGAGGAACCAGAACAAGGAGGCCUUCUGUAUCAAGACCCUUACCUCCCGCAGCUAGAGGAAGAGCAGCACCUGGGGCAGAUGCCACCUGAGCUCUUCAUGGCAUCUGAGGAAUUACAAGAGUUGAAACUGUACGACGAAGAUUUCAACUUUUAGACAACUUCUCUUUUUUCCUCCUUGGCUACAAAAGUGGUUAUCUUCUUAGAAAUAAAGAGCAAUGCAGAGAACAUCAGUGGGAUUUUCUGCCAAGCUGAACAUUGUAAGUUUGCAGCCAUUUCGCUUAGUGGCGGCUGCCAUUUUGCCCCAAUGCGAAGCCAAGUAAUUAACCAACUCAAAAACAAUGUUAAGAAAGAAGGUUGUCUAUGGUUAUUCCAAAUAUGAAGAGUGGUAAGAUGAGCCACUGUGGAAAAUCACUAAAAGUGUAUGUGGAUCAGGAGAGUUGGAUGAAUAUCCCAUAUAUGACAGGCACAGGCAAACUUCGGCCUUCUGGGUGUUUUGGACUUCAACUGCCACAAUUCCUAAUAGCCUACUGGCUGAAGGUAAGGACAAUUACAGAACAGAGAAAAGAACAGGAUUGGCUCAUAGUGUCUUGGUAACUGGACAACAGUAACUUCUCUUAGCAAGUAAAAGUGUGUCAAAAAGAGAGUUAGUUACAGGGUAGGUACCUUUUUCAGCCCCCUGUAUUUUCAGUCCUUCACAUUUUAGAAAAGCCUCCUUCCUUUGUCUUGGGCAGCA